AGUUUUACAGAAUUCUUGGAUCCGUUCCAGCGUGUUAUCCAGCCAGAAGAGAUCUGGCUGUAUAAAAAUCCUUUGGUGCAAUCAGACAACAUACCUACGCGUCUUAUGUUUGCAAUUUCAUUCCUUACACCACUAGCAGUCAUUUUUGUGGUGAAAAUAAUCCGGCGAACAGACAAGACUGAAAUUAAAGAGGCUUUCUUAGCUGUUUCCUUGGCUCUAGCUCUGAAUGGCGUCUGCACAAAUACUAUUAAAUUAAUAGUGGGAAGACCGCGUCCCGAUUUCUUUUACCGCUGCUUUCCAGAUGGAGUAAUGAACUCUGAAAUGCACUGCACAGGUGAUCCAGAUCUGGUGUCUGAAGGCAGAAAAAGCUUUCCAAGUAUCCACUCUUCCU